AUGAUCCACGCAGUGUCCCACUACUCCCUCUAUACUGACGUAAAGUGGGAGCCAUCUAACCGACAUUUGACCUACAAGUUCUUGGGAGACUUCCCUGAAACAGCUAAACUCCCAGCUGAACUUGCCUUCAAAAAGUGGGCCUCGGUCACAAAAUUCACUUUCUCGGAAGUUGGGGGUGCCAAACUCUCUGACCUAACCCUAGAGUUUGUCCGAGAGGACCAUGGCGAUGGUUACCCGUUCGAUGGCGAAGGUGAAGUCCUAGCCCAUGCAUACUACCCUACGGAUGGAAGGCUACAUUACGAUCUGGAUAACAAGUGUUACAUAAACCCCUCUGCUUUUGAUUUCAUAAAAAAUCUAGAAGGUUGUGGCAAGGGAAACACCACCCAAGGGCUCUACAAGCUCAAAGCCUAUCUCAAAAGAUUUGGCUAUAUUCAACAUCUCUCCGAAAUUGAAGCAAACAACAAUGUCUUUGACGACAUCCUAGAGUCAGCAGUCAAAACCUAUCAGGAAAACUACAACCUCAACCCCACAGGAAUACUAGACGCGGCCACAGUAUCAAGAAUGACUGCACCGCGAUGUGGGGUCCCUGACAUCAUCAAUGGCGUGAACCACAUGCAACAUCAUUCGGGUUUGGGUUCGAGUAUGAUCCACGCAGUGUCCCAUUACUCCCUCUUUAACGGAAAGAAGUGGGAGCCAUCUAACCGGAAUUUGACCUACAAGUUCGCGGGAGACUUUCCCGAUACAGCUAUAGUCCCUGCUGAAGUUGCCUUCAAAAAGUGGGCGUCUGUCACAAAAUUCACUUUCUCGAAAGUUGGGGCCGCCGAACGCUCUGACCUAACCCUAGAGUUUGUCCGAGGUGACCAUGGCGAUCGGUUCCCGUUUGAUGGCGAAGGGGGAGUCCUAGCCCAUGCGUACUACCCUACAGAUGGAAGGCUACAUUACGAUCUCGAUGAAAAGUGGUUUUAUCUAUUCAUAAAUAAAAAUGCUUUUGACCUUUUAAGUAUUUCUCUUCAUGAAAUAGGGCACCUUCUUGGCUUGCAACACUCCAAAGUUGAGGCAGCAAUUAUGUGUCCAACAUUUAAACAUGGAGAGACUAAAGAUUUGGAUCAAGAUGAUAUUCAAGGAAUUAAGGCUUUAUAUAAACUCUAG